CAUUCCACUCCCCAACGUCGAUCACCGAGGACAAGGAACCGUUCCCGAGCGAGACAGUCGACGUCAUACAUUCGGUAUCAGUCCCUGGUCCGUGCCCCCCGAAAACAUUAGACUUAGACUUUUGGCGCGGGCGGCACGUGCGAGGGACUGGAUUAGAUUAGGUAAUCUCGAAUUUUUGAAAUUUCGCAGAUAGAAGCAACCACCAAAUCAACAAUACGCAGUACAGAACGAGCCAUACUCCUACGACCUCACGAUUAUAAAACCCCGAUCAAGCCACCGUUUCGAUCACAUACCCAACCAUGGCUCCCCCCUCAGGAGAACCCACCGCAGAGCAAAAAUCCGCACAACUCGACCUCGGAAUCUCGCUCUCCCUCUUCCUCUGGCCGGCCCUCACCCUCGCCGUGCAAAACAACUGGGGCGGACCCUCCUCCUCCGACAAGCGCGACUGGUUCGGCGGCGCGAUUUCCGAAUACGUGACCAGCAGCACGGAAGUGGACGAGGAGGAUGUGGAAGCGAUGUUGGUGCAGGUGAUGCUUGAUGAGUUUGAGGUCGCGGUUGAUGAUGGGAGUGCGGGGGAGGUGGCGGAUGAUAUUAUUAGGGUUAGGGGGGAGUGUGAGAGGGGGAAUUUUGGGGGGGUGGAGGAGUUGAAGAGGAGGUGGGAGGGGGGGAGAGGGGGGAGGGUCGUGGGGCAGGAGGUUAAGGGUGGGGAGGGGAGUGAGGAGGAGAGUGAGAGUGAGAGCGAGGAGGAGGAGGAGGAUGAGGAUGUGGAGAUGGGAGAGCCGCAAGCGCCGAGGGAGAGGCAGGCGCCGCAGAUUGAUGAGGAUGGGUUUGAGACGGUGGUUAGUAGGAAGAAGAGGUAAAGAGCGGCGUUACGAAUCACACACACGCACGAUUGCACGGAAAAUCGAACGGGGAGGAGAGAGACACCACUCCAUCCAUUCAAACAACUACCCCCACCCCAACGCCCAAACUACACAAACAAAUACAAUAAUACCCCACCACACACACCUCCGAACGCCAACCCAUCCAUCCCGCUUCUACUCCCAAUCCUCAUCACUCUCCUCCCCCUUCUUCCCCUCCUGUCUCGGACUCCCCGGCGCCGCGCUGGGAACCCCGCUACGCGCACCAACGACAUCAUAGCUCGCCUCGCUGUCGGCGACGCUACGUCCAUCAGCGCUCGUCUUGCGCUUUGCGUCUGCGGGGUCGAGGCGGGAGUCGUCGCGCGGUGGGGCGGCGGGGGGGUUGAUGGUCUGGGAGGAGGCGACGGAGGAGGUGGGUUUGUUCUUUGUGGCUGCUGCGGAGGCGGAUGCGGAGGCGGGGGUGGCUUCGUCGCCGGAGUCUUCGUCCCAGCCUACUUCUUCUUCUGCGUCUGCUGCGGCGCCUGGGGUUUCGUUAGCUUGGUUGGUCCUCUUAGAUAAGUAGAAGAAGGGGGGUAGAAAUAGAAAUAAGACAAAACAAAAGAGAAUAAAAAGCAUAUACACACCCU